ACUCCCCUUCGUUACGUGCCCUUCCGGUGUCGAAGCAACGGUGUUUCCGUGUCGAUCACGUUCCGCUGCGAUGGAUUCGCCCACUGCCUGGACGCGUCGGACGAAGCGGGUUGCCAGGCUCCGGCCCUGGUAGAAGGACCUCCAGCCUCGGUUGUGGUGCAGGUGGGCGAGUGGAUGAACCUGACCUGCCGCGGCACCGGCACUCCACCGCCCUCCGUCUCGUGGAAAAUGAACGGAAACGAACUACUGGAUCCGGUGUGCGAUUUUGCGCGGGAGUUAGAUGGUUCGGGAUGGCUAUCCUGCCGGAUGCGGUUGAUCGACGCGGGCAACUACUCGUGUCAUCUGAAGAAUCCACUCGGUACCAUCGACGUGCAACCGGUAACGGUGGCCGUUGUGAAGGGAAAUCCAUGCCCGGAUGGGGCAUAUCUCACCGGUGAAGGAACCUGCGCCAGCUGCUUCUGCUCAGGAGUAUCCCAGCUUUGUCACAAAUCUGAUCUUUUCAGAUGGAAUUACACUAUGGCUAUGAACGAUUGGAAGAUGUGGUACGCAACCUGGAACGGACAGGGAGCAGUGGAGAAAGUCACAAACUACACCAAUUUUCCCACUACCAGACCUCUGUACUAUAGCCUUCCGUACCGGUUCAUCGAGUAUCAAGUCAAAUCGUACGGAGGAUACCUUCAGUUUGAAGUUGAUGGGAGGCAUAGCAAAAGGCCAGAGAUUCCCGAGAUAGUCCUUAUGGGGUAUAAUAGAACAAUCGUGUAUAGGGGAACUACCAAAGACAACUCUGCUUUAGUCAAUCGGACUGUCAGAAUCCAGUUCAAGGAAUCCAACUUCCAGUACCACAACGGAAGUAAGCUCGAUCGUGCCAACUUUAUGACGAUCCUCGCCUACAUCGAUCGCUUUCUCAUCCGAAUGUAUCCCACCGAUGGAAGAUACGUACCGAGCGAAAAGGAUAUUGUAAUGGACUCCGCGAGCAACUACUCGCGCGGCAUGGGAAGGACAACUUCUGUGGAAGAGUGUCGCUGUCCACCGGGAUUUCGCGAAACUUCCUGCGAGCGGUGCGACUUUGGCUACAACCGAAUCCUGUUAGGACCACCGUCGGGUUUGUGCAUGCCCUGGGAGUGGCACCGAAACCGUUACGUGCCAACGAGCACCACUCCCCGAACUUACCACUAUGUUUGA